CUGCGCGUGCGCGCUCCGCCUCCCCAGCGGUAACCGGCGAGACCCGUGUAGUACGGCGCGCGGGUGGCAGCCUGGAGGAAGCCGAGGUUGCGUGUCGGCCGGAGGGGCAGGAGGACGAUGAGGACGAAGAGGAGCUGCUACCGCACUCCGAGGCCGUGGACGUGUUCCAGGAGGGUCUCGCCAUGGUAGUGCAGGACCCGCUGCUCUGCGACCUCCCGAUCCAGGUUACGUUGGAGGAGGUCAAUUCCCAGAUAGCUCUAGAAUAUGGCCAAGCAAUGACAGUUCGAGUGUGCAAGAUGGACGGGGAAGUAAUGCCUGUGGUCGUAGUGCAGAAUGCUACUGUCCUGGACCUGAAGAAGGCCAUCCAGAGGCAUGUGCAGCUCAGGCAGGAGCGUGAAGGGGGCAUUCAGCACAUCAGCUGGUCUUACGUGUGGAGGACAUACCAUCUGACCUCUGCAGGAGAGAAGCUAACAGAGGACAGGAAGAAGCUCCGAGAUUAUGGUAUCCGGAAUCGGGAUGAGGUUUCCUUCAUCAAAAAGCUGAGGCAGAAGUGACCCCAGGACAGGGACCACUCUUCACUGAUGCUCAGUCCUUUCCCAGCAGAUGGAGCCCUCUUUCCUCUUCCUCCUCAGAACAGUGUUGGGGUGGCUGCACUGCCAGCAUGAACCCUGGGGUCCUCAGGACCAGGACAGGGCGAUCCUUUGCUCCUUGCCUUCCUCUGAAAUGGGCCUGGGCUCAGAGACCUUAUCCCAUGCAGUUCCCACAGCGGUGUGGGCCUGGCCUCAUGUGCAGAAUAAACCUAUUCCUUGGCUUCA